CAAUUUGGACCCGGCAACACUGCUCCGUACUGUUUGUUGACCAUCCUUGGCGGGAAGACCCGGGACCUGUGUACUACCUGCAGGAGAAACCUCAGACAACACUACUUCCUGCAAGCAACGGGAGAGGGAGAACCUCCUUCAUGAGCCAGUGGCAGUAGUAGCACCUUCGUGAACCUACGGCAGUCAGAGCACCUUCACACACACACCACGUCCGUAAUAUAUAAAGAGACUUCAUAAGUCAUCAUGCAAGCCUUCCUCAAAACUGGAAAGCUUGGUGGAGGCUCUAGCUCGGCAGGACCCAGCAAAGAAAAGGUUCCCAGGAAGAAGGGACCUACACCUUGGGUUGAGAAAUACCGGCCAAAGACGGUAGAAGAUGUUGCUUACCAAGAUGAGGUGGUGUCUGUUCUGAAGAGCACACUGAUGGGUGCUGAUCUGCCAAAUUUGCUGUUUUAUGGACCUCCAGGCACUGGCAAAACUUCAACCAUUUUGGCUGCUGCAAGACAGCUAUUUGGAGACCUUUUCCAUCAGAGAGUUUUAGAGUUAAAUGCCUCUGAUGAGCGAGGAAUUCAGGUUAUAAGAGAGAAGGUCAAGAGAUUUGCCCAGACAACUGUGUCCAGCACCAGACCAGAUGGUAAACCAUGUCUACCUUACAAAAUCAUUAUACUGGAUGAGGCUGACUCGAUGACUAAUCCUGCCCAAGCAGCCCUCAGGCGUACUAUGGAAAAACAGUCCCGGACAACCCGUUUCUGUCUGAUCUGCAAUUAUGUGUCUCGCAUUAUUGAGCCUCUUACAUCAAGAUGUUCCAAGUUUCGUUUUAAACCUCUUGCACAUGGAAUUAUGAUGAAGCGACUGUCUUACAUCUGUGAAGAAGAAAAUGUCAAAUAUGAAGAUGGUGUUUUGGAAGCGUUUGUUGAAACUAGUGAAGGAGAUCUGCGAAGAGCUAUUACGACUUUACAAUCAGCUGCUCGACUUCGUAGCGGUGAAAAAAUCCAACAGCAAGAUGUUUAUGAAAUUACAGGAGUUGUUCCAGAGAAGUGGUUGGAUGAACUUUUUGAAGUGUGCUUGACUGACUCCUAUGAAAAAUUAACUGAUUUCAUCACCCUGAUGAUGAUGGAAGGUUUCUCUGCAAGCCAGAUAAUGAAUCAAAUACAUGAUCGUAUUGUCGCACAUGACAGAUUAAGUGACCUUCAGAAAGCUGCCAUCUUCGAAAGACUAGCUAUAUGUGAUCAUCGACUCAUGGAUGGUGGGGACGAGUAUCUUGAAGUGUUGGACCUCUCUUGUACUAUAAUGACACAGCUCUGUCAUGCUACAUGAAGAAAAACCAGAUUUAAUUAGUGUGACUAAAUAACUUUGCUGUUCCUCCCACAGAUAGCAUACACAUACUGUUAAAAGAUAAAAUAUAUUCUGUACAUUUUCAAAUUUUUGCUGCACUGUUGUGUGUAUUUUUGCUUAACCUUUCUGGCUCUGUUUACAUUCAAUAUAUUAAUAAACUGUAAUUUUGAGUGAAAAAUUAAAUACAAAAUUAUACCUUUUUCUGUGAGGGUUGCUUUGGUAGGCCUUCCAAACUACCCACCUAGCUAGCUGACACACAAACUACACCAAGAGCAGAAUAUGGCUCCCCUCAAUAGAAGCAAAGAAAUUUGGGAAUACAGUAUAUUACCUUCUACAGUACUCAAGAGAUAACUAUCAAAAAAGUAGAGCACACCAAACCAGACAGCUUCAUGAUUACCAUUGGCAACUCUGCACCUUUAGUAUGUAAACAAUCAUUUCCUGGGUUGUAUCACAUGAGGCAGUAGCAAUUUUGGAAUGCCAGCCCCCUCAUUCUCACCUGUUGGCUUGUUCCAGAUUGAAACAUGCCAACAGGUGGAACACAUGUAGGCUGAGGGCAGAUGGCAUUGCAGGAGGCUAAGGUGAUCCAAGAGAUCCGAGAGUCUGGCUCUCUAGGGAGGCAUUGACCUUUAUAUAGUCAGGCGAUGAUGACUCAUCCGGUGUCAACUCAAGGUGGUAACAAGCACUACUAGCAAACUUCUAGUUUGUGGCUGGCGGCGCCUUUGUGUUGAAGCGCCCCACUGCUAGUUGAAGGCGG